AUGUCUGGCAUGUUGCCUUUGGUAGACUUUCCCACUAGAGGGCAAGCAAUUCUUGAUAACUGUUAUACAAAUAGACCGGAACUUUUCAAUAAAGCAUACCCAUUGCCUAUACAAAUGAAAACAGACCACUUGGGAGUCAUAAUCCCGGCAGGAAUAAAAUUGAAGCCCCUCCGCACUAAAAUCAGCUUUAGGGACAACAGAGCACAGAAUAAAGUCAAAUUUCAAAAGAAGCUUGCCGAGAAAAGUUGGUCUGAAGUUACGUCAAUGGAAACAGUUGAAGAAGCAACUAAAGUAUUGGAGAACACUAUCCACAAUAUGAUAGAUCAAUGUUUUCCAAAGAAAACAGUUACUCUUUCCACUCGUGACCCUCCAUCGAUGUCUCCACUCUUAAAGUACUUAAUAAGAAAAAGAUCAAAGGCUAAGUCAAGGAGAAAGCUAUCUAUUGCGGCAGAAUUAAGAGAACGAAUAUCUGGAAUAAUUUCACAUAAUCGAACAAAAAUGACAAAGUCCGAGUGUACUGGUACAAGCCAAUGGUGGAAAAACGUUGACUUUUUGUCACAUAGAAGAAAUCUAGCACAUAUUAUACUUGACAACGAGUUCAAAGAAAACUUGAACGAUUACUUUGGAGAGUUAUGUUGGGAUAGAGACUAUAUAUAUGAACAGUCAACGUUGAUGGAGAGAGAUUCAAUCACAAUAAAAGCUCCUCAGCUUAGCAUAACCCAGGUCAAGAACGCUUUGUUGAAAAUGAUGAAAACUGCAACAGGCCCUGAUGAAAUCCCAUUUUGGGUAUGGAAAGAAAAUGCUGAUGUAUUUGCACUUGUUAUGACCAAGAUUUGGAAUGAAUCUCUUUCUACAUCCACAUGGCCUACCUCUUGGAAAAUUGCUCAUAUAGAUCCUUUACCAAAGGAAUAUUGUGAAUUUAGAGGUAUAAACGUCACACCUGUGAUUGGACGAUGCUUCGAAAGAACGAUUUAUCAUUAUCAAAAAGUAAAAGAUCUUUAG